UACGUUUGAAUUCGUAUUGUUUUUUCUUUGUUCGAAAAAAAAUCUUCAAAUCUUAUUGGAUAAAAGAUGUUCUUGAAUGGAAUACUUUCGCUUGAAGAACUACAAUUGCCUUCGCAAACAACAAGCUACUGCCGACUUUGUCUGACUGAAGAGAAUCUCAUGGAACUAGGAUCCUUUGGAAAGGUGCUUUCUGUAGCGGUUACCAACCAUGACAGUACAGCUCAGCUGGUUCAGUUGAUCUAUGAAUGUACGAAUGUUAAGCUUUCGCUUGUCGACGAGCCGGAUUGUGCCAUCUGCGGUGGUUGCCAACGAGCGCUGGCCGAGUUUCAUCGCUUCCGAUCGCAGGCGAAACGCGUGGACGAACUUAUCAAAUCUCGUCUGGUGGAGAAUUCUUUCAAGCCAACUGGAAACGUGAAUGAAACCGAUAAGACUGAUGACCUCAAACCACAAUUGCCUGUAGAUAAUAGUUCACCCAGCGAAAGCGCAAUUAGUCAUAAGUUACUAUCGAAACGGAACUACUCGCCCACGAAUGGUACCAUAAAACCGCGUCCUCGAACAAAGAUUUUAAAACCGUUUCUGGUUGCGGUCGCAAACGGAGGUAAGCAUAAAUGCCGCUACUGCCCGAAAUCGUUCCACACAUCCAACGGGUUGGCGGAGCACGCUCGUCUGCAUAACCGUCCGCACCAGUGUCCCAACUGUCUGGAACAGUUCCAGCACGCACCGUCGCUGGCGAGACACGUACGCAACAGGACCUGUUUCACCUUCACCAAAUAUCGCUGUCGAGUGUGCGCGGAAAGUUUCCUAGAGCAGGGUCAUUGGGUGGAGCACAUCAAGAUUCAUGCCGUCGAUUUUCCCUACCAAUGCCAGGAGUGUCUGUCACAGUUCAAACAUAAAGCCACCUUACGACGUCACGUCAACACGGUGCACCUGCUGCAGUACUAGAAGAGUGCCCGAAAGUAUUUGUGAGUGUGUGUGAUAAAAAUUAAAUUAAAUUAAGAAAAAAAAAUAUUGCAAUGCCUAACUUAAUAGAAAUGAAUUAUUUUACCCUUCCUAAAAACGAAAUAGUA